AUGGAAAUCGAUUACAGAAUUUUAAAUCUUUACAAAACAAAGCAAUACGAUGAGUGCCUCAAAUUAUGUGCUCUCGCACUCAAUGAUAAAAGCGAUCGAAUGAUAGAGUUCAUACAAAUGCGGGCAAUGACUAUCCAAGCUAAGAUAGCUGGAAAUGGUUACGAGGAAGUUGAAUAUUUUCCACAACAGGACGAGUUGACAUCUACGUCAAUUGCUAAGACACCACGGCCAGGCACUACUUUUCAAAGAGAAGUCAAGACAGCUCAAACAAAUGGGCGACCUCCAACAACUGCAACGCUAAGGUCUCGCGGAGUAACCAGUACAGCAAGAGCCCGCAGCGCACGUACAGCUCUUCACACCGCAUCUCAAGUUUCAAGAGCUGCCACUGCUCUAGCCGCUGGAGUUCCUUUUACAGCUGGUACACCGCUUUCUUUAAGAUUCCAAACAAAAGACGACAAGUACUUCGUUCCUGCGGCUAAGACUUUGUUUGAGUACGUGUAUUAUUGUGAAGGAGACGUUCGGAAGGCAAUGGAUGUAGCGUUUCAAGCUCAAAAAUUAGAUGAUACUGCGGACUGGUGGUGGAAUUUCUCAUUAGCAAGAUGCUAUUACACUCUUGGACUGUACAGGAACGCUGAAGAUUGCUUACGACAAGCGCUUAAGCAGAAUAAGCACAUAUCUAUCUAUUUACGUUUAGUUGCGAUGUACGUGGGAUUGAAUCAACCUCUUUCAGCCCUCGAAGUGUGUAAGCAAGGUUUGUCUGUUUUCCACGAAUACACUCCCUUGCUUUUAGAACAAGCAAGAAUACAUAACCAAAUGGGUAAUUCAGCUCUGGCUGUGAAGGAAUACCGAAUGGUUGCUCUGGAAGAUCCAUCCAAUAUGGAAGCAGUAGCAAGCAUUGCAAUGCACAACUUCUAUAAUGAUCAACCGGAAAUUGCCUUACGAUAUUACAGGAGGCUCUUGGCUACAAAUCCAGUAGGACCGGAAAUCUACAACAACCUCGGUCUGUGCUGUUUAUAUUGCAAUCAAUGGGACCUUACACUGCAUUGCUUCAGGCAGGCGUUGUUCUACGCUACAAGUCCUGAAGCUCGAUCAGACAUUUGGUUCAAUCUUGCCCAUGUUGCUUUGUCUACAGGUGACAUGGUUCUUGCUCGUCGGUGUAUACAAGUAAGUCUGGCCACUAACUCCGAACACACGGCGGCACGGCUUGCUCUACGAACGCUGGAUGCCCGAUUACGAGCUCGGAAGACUAAAUAAAUAGGCGUUCAUAUAAAUGUUAUAUGAAUAGGCUUAAAAAUGAAAUAAACAAG